AUGGCCAGCGUGCUGGAGGCUCAAAACCAGUUCCAACGUGUGUAUUUUACGCUGGAGUGGAUUGGGGGUGUUGAAUGGCAAGUUAAAGACGUGGUUCCGCCUUUUACGGAUACCUGUGACCAUACGAAGGAAAGUCAAAAUGUGUUUAUACCAGGCGAUACCGGAAGAUACCGGAUGAAAACCAAUUCUAACCAAUUCAUUUAUCUCAUGAUCCUGCAGCUAGCGUACAAGGAAGCAGUCACAGGAAUGGUGUUGGGUGAAAUCUGUAUCGGUCCAGAGUGGUGCAUGGGCGGGCUGCUAAUUGCUGGACUUUCGCAAUGGUUGCACAGCUCUUCUAUUAUUUCAGCGAUGUUGGCACUGCAGCAGAUGUACCCCAAGGUGGGAGUCAUUAACCCAAGCUACCACCACUUGGUGGGGCUGAAUACGAAGAAAAAAAAACGGCAGGAGUAUUUGGAGCGAUGGACCCCUAUAAUGAAUUCAUUAUCGCUGCCAUAUGCAUGGACACUGGUGUUGGACAAGCGUAAGAACGUGUGCUAUACGUUCGACGCUCUGCAGCUGAAGGAGAAUCUUGCAACUUUGAAGUCCAGCGUGCAGUUCGUGAUUCAGCCGAUACUAAGCUUAAAGGACCGGAUCACCUACAAAGAAGUUGACUGGUGUCAGCAGAAGGACAACAGCUUGUGCGGUGUUUGGUGUCUGACUGUGCGCUGA